AUGAGGAUUGAUGGGGUGCCUCAUCUGGAGAUCGAUGGCGACUUCGUGACGAUCGAGGCCGAGAGGCAUUCCGGUCGACUGUCACAGUACCCAAGGGCCAUUCCGGAGCCUGGGGUGAACAAGAAACCAAGAGGUCGCACAGUCCCGACGAAGGAGUCGGGAGAGCGGGAGGGCACGACAUACACGUGUAGAGUGUGCCGAAAGGCUUUCACCCGGUCGGAACACAUGAAGCGCCACAUUCGCUCAUUGCACAUGCAUAUGGAAGGCACUUAUAUGUGCUCUCUGCCGUUCUGUAAGAAGUCGUUCGCGAGACGCGACAACCUCAUCCAGCACGAGCGCAAGCACAAGCAACUCGGUGCCUUCCACGAUUGCACGAAGAACUUUGAGGGCGAGAUCUUCCCGUCACUCCUCCCUUUCUACGCCUCUCGCGAGCACCGUGCAGAUCUCAAUGUAGUGAUCAACGAGACGGACGCAUACUUCGAAGAAUGGGAGAACAAAUCGAUUGAAUGGCCGGCGGAGCGACCAAAAUCAUAUGGUCGCCUGGCAUCAGCCUCCCCGUUGUGCGACGAUGAUGGUAUCCCGAAGGGAGAACGCUACCGCAUCAUGCGCGAGGAGAAGGUCGUCGCGGAGGUGCUCGCAGCUACCGAGGCCGAGGCCGAGGCUCGCAAGGCUGACCUCGAGAAGGCCCUCUUAGGACAACCACCUGCUAUCGGGACGUCGCGCAGCAUGCCCCUUCGUUCGAAACCUGUGUUCCCCACAGAUUUUUAUUACGGGGAAGUUGUACCUGGCCGAUCGACUAAGUGA